CCCCUAAUGAGCGUAUAACAUCCAUUCUGCUCUUACACUAGAAACAGAAGUUAGCUGAACGCACUACACAGAACACUAUGAGCUCUCUGCUAAAAUUUGCCCCGCUGUUUUUGGCGGUCGCCGUUUGCCAUGGAUGGCUGUUCGGUGACUUUGGCGCACAACCGAAUGAGCUCGAUAAAAUCUCGCUCUGGCCGCUACCGCAGAAAUUUCAGUCGUCUGCCGUCUCUUUUAAACUCAGCCCUUUCAGCUUUCAAAUCGUCCACGCUAAGGAGUCCACCGCCGGAACGAGCUGCAGUCUACUCCAGAAUGCAUUUCGCAGGUAUUUUGAGUACAUGUUUGGCGACGUAAAGAAGCAAGAGAAAAGCCACAAGAAAGCUUUGUUUUCAGAUAUUGAAGAGCUUCGAGUUCAGAUCACAUCAGCUGAUCCAGAAUGCGACGGUUUCCCGAGUAUAAAAACCAACGAGUCAUAUGAGCUGACAGUUGAUCAACCUUCUGCUUUACUGAAAGCUCCUAAUGUAUGGGGAGCUUUGCGAGGACUGGAAACAUUCAGUCAGCUGCUCUAUGAGGAUCACUAUGGAGUUAGCAACAUCAAUAAGACAGUCAUCUCAGAUUUCCCACGGUUUGCCCACCGAGGAGUCCUCCUGGACUCAUCUCGCCACUAUCUGCCACUCAAAGUCAUUUUGGCCAAUUUGGAAGCUAUGGCGAUGAACAAGUUUAACGUAUUCCACUGGCACAUUGUGGACGAUCCGUCUUUUCCCUAUAUCAGCCGUACCUUCCCCGAGUUAAGUCAGAAGGGAGCCUACCACCCAUUCACACAUGUGUACUCUCCAGCUGAUGUGAAGAUGGUCAUUGAGUUUGCUCGCAUGAGGGGGAUCCGGGUCAUCCCUGAGUUUGACACCCCAGGACACACACAGUCAUGGGGCAAUGGCCAAAAGGAUCUGCUAACUCCCUGUUAUUCUGGCUCCACCCCAUCUGGAACAUUUGGGCCAGUGAACCCCAUCUUGAACUCCACUUAUGAGUUCAUGGCCCAGUUCUUCAAAGAGAUCAGCACUGUCUUUCCUGAUGCCUACAUUCAUCUCGGGGGAGAUGAGGUCGACUUCAGUUGCUGGAAGUCCAAUCCUGAUAUUCAGAAGUUUAUGAAGCAGCAGGGCUUUGGGACAGACUACAGCAAACUGGAGUCCUUCUACAUUCAGAGGUUACUUGAUAUUGUGACUGCUACCAAGAAAGGCUACAUGGUGUGGCAAGAAGUAUUUGACAAUGGGGUGAAGCUGAAAGCUGACACACAGAUCCAAGUGUGGAAAGCAAGGCCACAGUACCAGGAUGAGAUGGCACGGGUAACUGCAGCCGGUUUCAGUGUUCUGCUCUCCGCACCCUGGUACCUCAACCGAAUCAACUACGGCCAAGACUGGGUGAACACUUACAAAGCCGACCCCCAGAAUUUUACUGGCACAGAUUCACAGAAGAAGCUAGUGAUUGGUGGAGAGGCUUGUCUCUGGGGAGAGUAUGUGGAUGCCACCAAUCUCACUCCCAGACUCUGGCCCAGAGCCAGUGCUGUUGCUGAGAGGUUAUGGAGUGAUGCGAGUGUGACAGACCUUGGGAAUGCCUACAACCGCCUGUCUCAGCAUCGCUGCCGCAUGGUCAAGAGAGGCAUCGCUGCAGAGCCUCUAUUUACUGGCCACUGUCGUCAUGAGUACAAGGGCUGAUCAACUUCAGGAUUUUCACAAUCGAAAAUAUAAGGGAAAAAACAGGAAAAAUGUUUUAAAAUUGCAGAUCUUAAUCCUAAUUGCAAUCAUGUUUUGCUAUUGUUGCACUGAGCCAGUUAUCCAGGACCUGAUUUUUAUUUAUUUUUAAACGGACUGUUAAAUUUGGAUUUCCAUUGUAAGGUUAAGUUUUAUUACAAGACAAAUGUGUCAAAUACUCAUGUGAAUAAAUUUUAAAUUU